AUGACGAAGCGCACGAAGAAGGUCGGUGUUACCGGUAAAUAUGGUGUCAGAUACGGUGCCUCGCUCCGAAAGCAGGUGAAGAAGAUGGAAGUCACCCAGCACGCCCGCUACAUCUGCACAUUCUGCGGCAAGAACUCGGUGAAGCGCACAGCCGUCGGUAUCUGGGAAUGCCGCUCCUGCCAGAAGACCGUUGCCGGAGGUGCCUGGACUGUCUCGUAA